AUGAAGAGCUCCAUCCUAUCAACCAUCAUUAGCCUUGUCCAUCUAAGUGGGCUGUCCUAUGCCCGGGACUCAUCCUCCUGCCCUUCAGCUACAAGCAGCGGCGUUGAUGUUCCGACAGGUACGCCUGUUAUUGGUGAUUACAAUGGCGCCUACCGUCCCCAGGUUCACUUCUCCCCUCCGCAACAUUUCAUGAAUGACCCCAAUGGCAUGUUCCGCGACAGCAAUGGCACUUGGCAUCUGUACUACCAGUAUAACCCAAAAGGUAUUGUCGCAGGAAACCAGCACUGGGGUCAUGCGACCUCGGAGGACUUGUAUCACUGGACAAAUCAGCCCAUUGCUCUGUUUCCGCCGGAAGACGACGUCUACAUCUUCUCCGGGAGUGCCGUUGUUGAUGUGAACAACACGUCCGGGUUCUUCCCAGACCAGGACAAUGGUGUUGUUGCAAUCUAUACUCUGUCAUCUCCUGUCAAGCAGACUCAAGCCAUCGCCUACUCGCGAGAUGGAGGAUACACCUUUACACCUUACAAGAAAAACCCCGUGAUCGACAGCACCUCGCCGCAGUUCCGUGACCCGAAAGUCAUCCGCUACGGAGACUCAUGGGUCAUGGUCGUCGCCUACCCUCAUGACUUUGCCGUAGGCAUCUUCACAUCGCCAGAUCUCAAGGAAUGGACUGCCAAGAGCAACUUUUCACACCAUGGACUUCUCGGUCUGCAGUACGAGUGUCCCAACAUGAUCCGCAUCCCACACAUUGACGAGGAUGGCAAGAAGCAGGACGACAUGUGGCUCAUGGCUAUCAGUAUCAACCCUGGGGCGCCGCUCGGAGGCUCCAUCACCGAAUACUACCCAGGCACCUUCAACGGCACCCACUUUGAGGCCGUCGAUGCGGCUGCUCGUAUUUCUGACUUUGGCAAAGACAAUUACGCGGGACAGUGGUUCUACGGCCUUGCUGAAGAUGAAAAGCCCGUGUCAAUUGCUUGGGCGUCCAACUGGCAAUACACUGGCGUGGUUCCCACCGGCAACGAAGGCUGGCGAAGCGCCAUGAGUCUUCCUCGCGAGAACUACCUAACCAAGUCGCAACGUGUUGGUUGGAAAUUAGUCUCACAGCCCUAUGACCUGAGCCCCAUAAUGGGAUCCGAGCUUGCUUCCAACGACAGCUUCAGUAACGGCACCCUUAGCGUCGAUUACUCGAAUGUCGAGUCCCAAGCGCUCUACUGGGAGGCCAAUGUGACUGGAAUCCCAGACAGUGGCGUUCCGUCAACGGCAACUAUGAACUUUACUUUCCUAAGCCCCAUGACGGGCGAGUACAUCAACGGCGGAUACUACCUCGGCGGUGAUAAUCCCUUCUUCAUCAACCGCGGCGGUGCGCGGGGCUUCGAUAACGUCUUCUUCACGGACAAGAUGUCGACCAGCAGCCUGCCGACGAGCCGUGGCUCGUGGAGUUUCAGCGGCGUGAUUGAUCGAUCAAUUCUUGAGGUUUUUCUCAACGGAGGCGUGGACAGCGUGACGAACACUUUUUUCACGACGCAGCCGUUAACGCACAUGGUGAUCAGCACGGCUGACGUACCGGAGGGCGUCAAGGUCAGCGUGAAGGUCCAUGCUCUAAAGAGUGCGUGGAGUGGUAUGAAGAAUAAGGAUGAUGGGCUUGUGUAUGGUAAUCAGACUGUCAGUUAA